UCACUGGUUCCGACCAUGAGCAUUGAUCAUCCAGGAGUUCAUUGUGAUGUCUGUGAAUGUAGCAACCUUAUUGGCAUGCGCUUUGUUUGUUUAGUGUGUUAUGAUUACGACUUAUGCGGAACUUGUCACGAUGGCCGGAAGUUCAAUAAGGAGCAUGCACCAUAUCAUCCCAUGCAGGCACUGUUUCCAAAGAGCGAUGUUUCCGAAAGUGUAGACGGGAUCAACAGAAACGAGAUUCGCAUUCUCUGCUGUCCCUACUGUGGCGAUAAGGAUUUUUCAAGCGUCGAUCUUAUUGCGCACUGUGAACGGUACCAUAGUGAGGGAGGAUUUAUAGUGCGAUGCCCGAUAUGUCUCGUAUCGGGUAAAAAUUUCUUACGCCUGAUCGAUGAAACCAUGGCAGAGCAUGCAGCUUUUAUGCACCGUAAAUGUUAUACUCGAGCGGACACAGAGGCACAAUCCUUCCGUGAUAUCAAAUGUGCCAUAUGCGUUGAAAACAUUGCAGCUACAGAUGACACAACUCAUUUGACUUGUUUUCAUGAGUUUCAUACGGAAUGCGUGACUAGGUGGAUUCGAAGUAAUCCCAUAUGCCCACUGUGCAGAUCCCCAGUAAAUGAAUUGGACUUAACGUAAAACGGGGCGAAAAGAAACACUUUGCCCAAUAGUUAUCAUAAUAAAACAAUACAGCUUGUCUAAAAUGUGGGUUCCUUUUUUUCGUUAUAGACA